UGUAGGAAUAUUAUAAUAAUAAUAAAGAAAAAGAAAAAGAAAAAGAAAAACCAUUCAUGUCAAGCUUUCAUAUCCUUUCUCAAGAAGCCAGUAUAUUAAACAUAAGAUUAAAAUAAUAAAUAUACAUAUUGGGAGAAUAUUAUACACUUUCCUUCUCUAGGUUGUUUUUAAUUAUUAUUAUUAUUAUUAUAAAAAUAAGUAUAUAAAUUUUUGUUGCAGCUUUUUGUUUUAGAGAGAGAAAACUGUGAGUGAGUACUGUUAAGUGAGAGAGCUCAGUCUUUUCAUUUCCAUUUCCAUUUCACUCUGCGAUCUUUACACUACUCAAUACGUACAUCUUAUGUAAACCCAAUACAGUUUUGAAUCUCUCCGUACAUCUCUCUUUCUCUCUCUCUCAUCAGUAUCGAAGCUCUCCAUUUUGUCCGUACGAUUUUUGCGAUGAUGGCUUGGUCUGGUGCUGAGUCAACACAGAAGGGGACUCGGUCGGUUCGUUACAUUCCUCCACACCUGAGGAGCUUUAAUAACAACGGUGGCAGCUCGUUCGUUGACAAUGCGAACUCCUACGGGCCUAAUAAUGCCGAGUUGGCUCAAUACGGUUUCCGCUCUUAUCGCUCUGGUGGUAGGGAAUCGGGAGGGAGUGGUUCGAGCCGUGGUGGGCGAGGAUAUGGGCGCGGUGGACGUGGUGGCUCCGGGCGGAGUGGUUACGAGAUUGGUCGGGGAUCGAACCUGAGUGGGAAUCAGGACGUUAAUGAGGUUGCUGAUAAAUUUGAUGAGUUAGAGGUUUUGGAGGAUGAUAGCAUUGGCGAUGGUGGGGGUAUUAACUUUGAUGCAUAUGAAGAUAUACCGGUUGAAACCAGUGGCACGGACAUUCCGGCGCCGGUGAAUGGAUUUAGGGAUAUAUGUUUGGGUGAGCGUUUGCACGAUAACAUCAAGAGGUGUAAGUACGUGAAGCCCACCCCCAUUCAGCGCCAUGCCAUACCCAUUGCCAUUGCUGGACGGGACUUGAUGGCUUGUGCUCAGACAGGUUCAGGUAAGACUGCGGCUUUUUGCUUUCCUAUAAUCAGUGGAAUUUUGAAGAACGUCCAUCAUAAUAAGCAGUCACAGCCUCGUUAUGCUCAGACUGCUUUUCCCAGUGCGCUCAUUCUCUCUCCAACCAGGGAGUUGGCUGGCCAGAUUCAUGAUGAGGCAAAGAAAUUCGCACAUCAAACUGGAUUGAAGAUUGUUGCUGCCUAUGGUGGGGCAUCUAUUUCCAAUCAGCUUCGGAAUUUGGAAAGAGGAGUAGAUAUCUUAGUUGCAACACCUGGUCGUUUGGUUGACAUGAUUGAGAGGGGGAGAGUUUCACUGAGAUCGAUAAAAUAUUUGACAUUGGAUGAAGCUGAUAGGAUGUUGGACAUGGGUUUUGAGCCUCAAAUUCGAAAGAUUGUUGAGAAAAUGGACAUGCCUCCACCAGGAACAAGACAAACAAUGCUUUUUAGUGCCACAUUCCCCACUGAGAUUCAGAAGCUUGCGUCUGAUUUCCUUUCAAACUACAUAUUUCUGGCGGUAGGCAGAGUUGGUUCCAGCACUGAUCUUAUUGUACAAAAGAUUGAUUAUGUUGAGGACAUGGAUAAAAGAAAUCAUCUGAUGCAUAUCCUUCAUACUCAUAUGCCAAAUGAAAUCCGGGGAAAGCUUGCCUUGACCCUGGUUUUUGUUGAGACGAAGAAAGGAGCUGAUGCACUGGAAUACUGGCUGUGUAUGAAUGGCUUUCCAGCAAUAGCAAUACAUGGGGACAAAGUUCAAUUUGAGAGAGAAAGAGCUUUGAAAUCAUUCAAAAGCGGCCAUACUCCAAUAAUGGUGGCCACAGAUGUUGCUUCACGCGGUCUGGACAUCCCUCAUGUUGCUCAUGUUAUCAAUUUUGAUUUGCCAAGAGACAUAGAUGACUAUGUUCAUAGGAUAGGAAGGACUGGACGUGCUGGUAAUUCUGGUCUUGCAACGGCUUUCUUCAAUGAGAAGAACUUGACACUUGCAAAGGCACUUGUUGAACUCAUGCUAGAAUCCAGUCAGGUGGUUCCUUCAUGGCUUAACCAAUAUGCCGAUAGCUCGACUUCCUUUGGCCGAAACCAACGCUCUGGAAGCAGCAGCCAGUUUGGAGCCUAUGACUACCGCAGUGCUCCUUCAGGAGGAGAGAACUAUCAACACUACAGCCCCUAUGUUGGUGAGGAGUCAAAGAUCGAUGCUGGCAAUAUGAACAACUAUUCGCAUAAUGUUUCUACUGAUCUCUCGGCUGAUGCAGAACCCUAUGUUGCUAAACCAUAUGAAUAUGGAGAAAGUUAUGAUAAUAUAGUUGCCAGUGGCUGGGACUAGAUGCUGGUUUAUUGUCAUUGGCGACUACUCAUAGUUUCUAUAAUAAUAGUUUAAAAAUACGAAUGAUGUUAGAUGAAGACUAACUACAGAUUUGAAGUUGACACAUAUCCUUGUAGUUAGAAAUUCGUUUUAUCAUUACAAUUACAAUACCUUUUUUCAGCUGGAGGAUAUGUCUUUUUGUUUGUUAAUUAACCUCUUCUGAUCAAUGAAAUUGUAGCAUCUUUCUUUUUGUGG